GUUCCAUGGAUUAGAAAGAGUGGUAAAAUACCAUAAAUGAAAUGAAAAUCCAAUAUUCUCACGCCUUCACAAUUUUCCUGUUUUAAUUCAUUCUCUUUCCUCUCUGUACAAUCCAUCCCCUGUUCUUCCCACUUCAAUACACUUCCCUUCCUUCUUCUUUUCUUCUUCAAACUUGUUGAAGAUCUCAUUUUCUGAGCUUUCGUUUUCUUUUCCCAUCUGAGUUGAGUUAGAUUUAACUUAAAGAUUUAAGAGAGAGAGGCUUGAAUUGCUGCGACUGUUUGCGAAAGAAGUGGGGGGUUUUCUUGUUUAAUGAACAAAGUUAAAAGAGUCGGUGUUGUUUGUGUUUUGAGUUUCCUUUACGGGUUAGUUAAAACAGCAGAGGAACCCAUCACUUUGCUUCCGGGUUUUGGCUUAAUUCUCAACUCCAACAGAACGGCUUCGCAUUUUACACAGCAUUCACAACCAAGUCUCUCCGGAUGCAUAAACAGAGAGAGUAAGAACCAGAGGAACAAAAAGGAAAAUAAAGGAAAAGAGGCAGAUUCUAAUUUUCCCGUCAAAUUUGGUGUUUGAAAUCCUAAUAUUAGAAAAUCUUUCACACGUUUUUGGGCUUCAUUUUUAUCUCAUUUUGGAUCCUUAUUUUUCCCCCAAAUCGGAAAAAUAUUUUAUUUUUGUUAUUUUUUUUUAAAAGGGAAAAGAAACAAGGUCCGAUUAUCUCUCUCCCUCUUUCAUUUCUGUAUCUCUAGUCUUUCUCGGUGCUCUGUUUUUCGGUGUGGUUUCCGGGAAUCCUCUCUGCUUUUCAGGGUUGGGGGGAAGACUCUGAAAAUUUCGUCUCUCUCCCUCUCCUCCAAAAGUUAUGAUUCUUGACAAAGGGUCAAUGCAAUCCAAUUUGGGUUGCUUUCUCCAUUGUACCACGCCGGUUGUCAAUUCCCAAUUCUUGCCCAAGAGUGAGAUUAGGAAUCUAAAUCGUCUAUGGCAUCCAUGGGAGAGAGAGAAGGUUGAAUAUUUCACCCUCGCCGAUCUCUGGAAUUGUUACGACGAAUGGAGCGCUUAUGGUGCUGGUGUUCCCAUCGCCGUCAACAACGGCGAGACCCUUGUUCAAUAUUAUGUUCCUUAUCUCUCUGCAAUCCAAAUCUUCACCAGCAAUUCCACCGUCAAUGGUUUCAGGGAUGAAUGCGGUGACAGUGAAACAAGGGAUUCGUUCAGUGAUUCAUGUAGCGAUGAGAGUGAAAGUGAAAAAUUAUGGAGAUGGGACGGAAGCUCAUCCGAAGAGGGAGGAUUCUUAGAGCAAGAAAGCCCUCUACAUCUCAGUGACAGAUUGGGAUAUCUUUACUUUCAGUAUUUCGAGAGAUCAACUCCAUACGGAAGAGUUCCAUUGAUGGAUAAGAUCAAUGGAUUGGCUCGAAGAUACCCUGGGUUGAUGACAUUGAGAAGCGUCGAUCUUUCUCCAGCUAGUUGGAUGGCUGUUGCCUGGUACCCAAUUUACCAUAUUCCAAUGGGGAGAACCAUAAAGGAUCUAUCAACAUGCUUCUUGACUUACCAUACACUUUCAUCUUCAUUUCAAGAUAUGGACGUAGAGGAUGAAUUUGAGAGUGGAGAAAGGAAGAGAAAAGAAGGAGAAGAGAUAUCGCUGCCAGCAUUUGGUUUAGCCACAUACAAGAUGCAAGGAAACGUGUGGAUUUCUGGUAAUUAUGGGAGGGACCAAGAAAGAGUUGUGUCUUUAUUGAGCGUGGCUGAUUCUUGGCUAAAGCAACUCAGGGUCCAGCACCACGAUUUCAACUACUUCACUGGCAUUCGUCGUGGCUAAAACCAAACACCCCUUUUUUUCUUUUUAUUCAUUUUUAACCACUCCUUAAAAAAAAAAAAAAAAAAAAAAAAAAAAAAAAACCCCCCCCAAAAAAAAAAACAUCCUCCUUUCAGUUGGGGUUUAUACCUGCUUUUCUUCUGCACUUUGCAUAUAGAAAAAGGAAAAUUCUUCUUUUCCUUUUUCUUCUUCUUCUUCUUCAUCUUCUUUGAUUUCUUUUAGAGUGUGACCGAGGAUUUUAACUUCAUCUCAGCCGCAUCCAUGCCUGAGUUUUCAUGUUUUUUUUUUUUUGUUUUUGUUUUGUUUUGUUUAGUGGUGGGGUGCUUUGUGCAUAGAAAACUACUGACUGAUUACUACUCAUCAGGCUUGUUUAAAGGGAGAGGGAAACAGGACAGAUCUUUGAGAUCAGAGAGACAGAGAGAGAGAGGGAGAGAGACCAGAGACAGAGAGAGACUUUAGAACUGUCACUAAUUGAAUCAUCAAUUGUUAUGUUUCUCUGAACUGUUUGAUACAUUUUCCAUUUCACACGAGAAAAAAAAAAAAAAAGGAACGAAACUCCCUUUGAGAUGAUUGAUUGGUUA